AUGUCUGACGCUGAUUUUCCGUUUCCAGAGCCAUUGCCGGAGACAUUACCGGAGGUGAACGGACACGUGAUUCGUUUUGAUGAAGGCGAUGGAGCGGGAGAUCGAUGGCGCGAGGCCUCACACAGCACUGCAUCAGGCAAUCUUCGUGAUUCAGCCGAUAGUCAUAAUGGCGAUUCGCAGGCAAUACGCUCCAAUGUCCAGACGGACUACGUAGAGUUGCCGCUUCCCUUUGAAUGUGAUCGAUGCCCUCGAUCAUUUUACAGGGCUGAAGAUCUUCAAUGGCAUAAAUACAAGCAUGCGGCUGGACUGGCCUUCAAUUGCGAUGAAUGUGAGGGAAUGUUUCCGACAAAUGAUGAUCUUGAAGCUAGUAUACCUGAAACUAAACAUAUAUCCACGAAUUGCAAAAAUACUGGAUAUGAGCAGCAGCCAGAGGGAUCCAAAGCUUCCAGCUUUCCGUUAAAAAUGCAAAGAUACGACCUCUCUGCCUCCCAUCGCGAAAACCCAAAACCUCACGACUUUGUAGGGCUGAAAACAGCUCAAAUUCGUCUGGAUCCUGUAGAACUAGACUCAGAUGAUGGCACUCGUUUGAAGUUUAGACGCGAAAUACUACCUUCAGAGACGCUACCUGCUGCGGUUAAUCGUGAGGUUAGUCCUGUACCAUGUCAAUCUACUCCAGAUCAAGUUAUCGAACAUGGUGAAGAGCUUUCCGCGGCAAGUGAACUUGUUCCUGUAGAGAUAUCUCGAACAGAAAGCGGUGAUUUGACAAUAGAAUCCUUUGAAACUUUCGAGGAGAUGAAGAGCCGUCACUGCAGGGAAUUUGAUGAUUUACAGCGACGUAUAACACAAAAGAAAUACCUUGCAACAGACGAAACUAGAAUUGAAAUCAAUAGGCUGUGUGAGGACAUGGAAAGACGAUUGAAGAAACGUCAAUUUGUGGAAACGCCGUUGUUGGUGGAUCAGGACACCCGGAAUCGUCGAAGGACAAAACAGCUCAAAGCAGACGGGUCAAAAGAGUAUGCCACAGCGAUUUGUAAUAUUGAUUCGGAGUUACAAUGGAUAGAGACCGAAAAGGCUCUUCUACAAACUCUUGAGGCCAAGCAAAUAGAACUAGGUCCCGACGAUAUUUCCACAAUCGAUACCGUGAAAAAUACAGCUCGUGUUUACUUCGAUCAAGGAAAGCUGGUCGAAGCUGAACACAUGUAUUUGCGAGCUCUAAAUGGCUAUAAAAAUGCUAGCGGUCCUACGCAAAUGCUAAUCAAUGCUGUAAUGAACAACCUUGGUCGCAUCUAUUACCGGCAGGGUAAUGUGACUAAAGCUGAGGAGAUGUAUGUUCAAGCUUUGGCUAAUUUUGAAAGAUAUUUGGGAAACAAUCACCCCACAACUCGCAAUACAGCAAAUAGACUCGGUCAUGUUUAUCAAAAGCAGGGCAAGCUUCAGGAAGCGCAAAGACUCUUUGGACAAUCGACAGCUCCUGUAGUGGAGUCAUCUCCAGAUAUAGUCAAAAAUGGGGCUGCAGGAAUGAAUAUUUUGCAAUCUGAUUUCAAACAAAGGGAUAACCUCACAGGUACGAGAAAAUUUACCAGCAAUAAUAUUCGAGAUCUUGGGAAAGCUUUUCGAAACAUUGAUGAUUCGCAUAAUGUCAGCUCUCAGGAUCAAUUUGAAAUUGUACGAUGGUCGACCUCAGAAGAUGCUUCUUUGCUACGAACUAUUGCCAGACUCGGAUUGGAAGAUUGGCCCGCUGUCUCAACGGUAGUUGGAUCCAAGACGGCUGAUCAAUGUCAUUACCGUUAUCUCAGAUUCGAAAAGAGCUUCGGAAUCGACCCUACCUCUUCUGAUAAAUCCUCGCAGAUCAAACUUUUCAUGGCUGCUGUUGAGAAGAAUUCUUCAUCAGAAUUGGCACAUUGGUUGCGUGAUCAUCGAAAUAUAUCGGAAGAUGGGGAUGAUAUUGUAUCACGAUCAAAUAAAGGCAGCGUCGAGCUUGAAGAAAGGAGUAAUGAGGCUCCUUCCACGCCUGGAUCCAAAUCUCCAGUCGCCAGUAAAUCUUUCGGUAAUGAAGAGUUCACUCAUUGGAAGAAUGCCAUGGAGAGUAGAACGCAUGAUAUUGGUAUUCAAUCAAACCCAGAUACCCACAGAAAGAGUUCGAGUCAGUUAUCAGCUGAAUUAGGUCACGAUGGAUAUAGAUACACAAAGCCCAUGCCGGAAAGAACUGCAUUCGAAAUUGCGGAGUUGAGAGCUGAAAGAAGGGCAGAUAUCGAGAGACGUUGUGCGGAACUUGAUCCACCUUUAACCAAGGAAUUGCUAGCCAGUAUGCCAUCAUAUAGAACAACUAUCCAAGAUGUCCGUCCUUUGACUGAACUUGGCUGGGAAUUCUUGAAGCGAAAUUUUUUGGCGGAGCGCACUAUGGCAGAGUUAGAGUCUAGCGAUUUGUCAGAUUUACCUCCCAUCAAGAGAUCAUACAAUGGGUCUGGUAGAGAGAAUACGGAUGACAUGGUAGCCGAACGGGAUCUCAUGGCCAAUGAGCAGCAAAAAGCUGUCGCUGACGAAUGGCAAGAAGGGUUCAGUUCAGAAGCUCUUGAUUCUGUCUUUAUCGAAAGCCAAAACGCUAUUACAGCUUCAACUAAUGAAGGAACUUUAAGUUUUGGUCGAGCUAAUGAAUCCGACCAGACCAUGGGUCCAACUAGCGAAGCUCACAACACUACCCAAUUUGAAUAUUCUCUAAACGCAGAAAAUGGUUCGGCCAGAUACCAGGACCAUGCAAAUAUUUACGAUACAAACAUUGCUAAGAGACUUCGACGGUCAGAGAAUUAUCAUGAUUGGGCUGUUGUUGCUCAUGGCCAUGGAUUAGAAAGCCUUAGCGAGUUGACUAGAGCUACUGUUGGUGUAAACGCGAAUUUACCAACAUCCCAGGGUAAGAACUUGAAGGUAUCUGACUCUGUUAUGGCUGAACAAGAAGAGCACAUAAAACAAUAUACGUCUGAGGAUAGAAUGAAAGAAAUUGUGAAGUUGUCCCAACAUCAAAGAUCAGGGAAAACAUGGACUCAUACUCCCGAGAUUCCGGCGAACUCACAGAUUGUUGACUCACAGGAUAUUAAAGAGAAACUAGCGGAGAUGGCAAUUGUUUUGGCAAAGUUGAUCUUAGAAAAGUCACAAUGGCUAGGGCAAAUGGAUGGUGAUGAAUUGGAUCAUGCGAUAACAAUGCUGGGAAAUGAAGUCCACAGCAAAUUACACGAAAAAGGUUGGCCACGAACAACAUUAGCGAUGUAUCGAGAAGUCCAUAUCAAAGCAAUUCGUGACCUUCUUAUCCGCCACCGAAAAGAUCGAGGCAUAGGAUCUUCUACCCUCUUGUCAUCGACAUUGUCUGAAAAUAGCGCAAACAAUGAUUCACAUUCGAGACUACUCAUCGAGGACAUUCCUGAUGACCAAAGCGACAACUCUUUUGAGUUCUCCGCUACGGAUUCUGUGGUAUCAGUUGCAGAUAGUAUAUUUUCAGCAAUGUCACUCGCUACGGGGUCCUCGAUGUCGUCUUUUUCAGUCUCUCAGACUGCAACUGACCGCUUAGUUCGUUUACUGCUCGAAGAUGCGAUCAUAAAGCCGCUCUGUGAGGAUGCGUUGCAGGAGAAUGGAAUGUCUCGGGAACGAUUUGAGCGCAACCUUAGCCGUCUACUGAAGGGCUUUGCCAUCGAACUAAGAAAAGAAGCUCAAACUCGAGAACAGCGACAGGCCGCACAUCUUGUUCGUUUUCGUGCAAGAAACUCUGCACAUAUGAUUUGCAGUACUCUUCGGACGGAAAAGGAACAAAAAGGCUCAAAUCAUCUCAGUGACUCCAGUGGAGCUGCCCUUUUGAAUGUUGAAGAAGAAGAAAUGGAGUGCGAUUUGGACAUAGAUGACGAUUCGGAUAGUGCAUCUGAGAGUUCUGAAGAUGCUUCCGAUGACUUUCAACAUCUUGAACUAUUUGUCAAGGACUCAAAAGCCUUCGAGUUGUUUCGUGAGAAAUUACGAAUUUUCAUUCAUCCACAGAGAGCACAGCUAACAAUUGCAUCAACACCAAUGGUAGCCAGUCGACGAAAUAGUUUAUCUUCAAAGACACACAACUGGACAAUUGCAUUACCCGAAAUGCCUGAUGACGUCAAGGAUGAACUUUUUGCGACGCCGAAAGAUGUAGGGGAAAGUAGAACUCAGCUCAUGGCAUUGAACAAUUUCCAACUGUCUUCAGCAGACAUACAGUCAGAUAUAGUUACGGGGGUAUAUCAAACAAUCUGGCAAAAGUUGGCACUAUUUUCUGAUAAGAUUUCGAUAUCGGGAAGACCGCCAGUUGCAAUUGGAAAGACACGGGUUGAAUGGCGUUGUAAAUGUGGACAAAGAAUUUAUGAUGAUUUCACUGAACUUCGUCCUGGAGCAGCAAAUCGACUUAAACAAGCUCUCACAAAUGAUGACUCUGGUAGCACUGACACAAAUCGAAGUUCAAUGUUCAGUGACUGCAGCAAGUCGUUUUCGAAAAGCUUAUCUUCCAUUUUCGCUGUCUGGGCUUCGAACUCUUCGAGCAAAAGUCUCUCCUCUGGCCUACCCACCCACGAACCAUCAAAGAAUCAACUCGAUUCGAACAACCCAAACAUCGUAAAACCAAUACCGCUUCCAGUGGAGAAUGUGUAUCUUCUGCUAUGUUACCCAUCUGGUCGCUACGCUACUCGACUUCUGCAGUUGGGUCUUCACAAUCUCGAACCUAAAUCUGAUCAAUCACUCUUCACUAUACUUCGAACUAAUUAUAAAUCAAUGCGAGGUCGAUUCUUGAACCUGAUAUCAUUGAAGUCUCUCAAAUCGAUAAAAUUUGUCCACUUCGAGAUGUACCGCAGCUCUCUCAUCGACGUGCGUCAAAAGGACGUCAUACCACCUCCCGACCACAUUGAAUAUCGUUACUCGCCCGCACCUCCCGAAGUGAUUCCUCCAAUUGGUGACAAUCAUCUCAUGCACCUCUUUCUGCAUCCAGAUCACGCCGACGAAGAUACUGUGUGUCUUGACCGAUUCCCUAAGAAGCUGAAGGAGAAACUUUCUUGUAAAAGAGGACAACCUACAAACUUUGGCUGGGGUCUAGAGUUUGUGGAAGGUUGGGACAUGAAAAGUAUUUGGAUAGUUGCUUUUAUUGUCUUUGGGAUUGGAAGCCUACUGCUUGGAAUUCUUUGGGCAGUUUAUAAGCAUAGUAUUCAGGAUGCCUUUACGAUCGCGGGUUACAUGGUUAGCUUUACCGCGAUUAGAAUGAUUGAUUCAAAAUCUCCAAUCCUUAAACCUCCAACGCGGGUUCGUUCUCGACCCUCCACCCCUGGAGCUUCAUUCCUCCAUACAGCUUCAUUGAGUUGUCCCACCAGAUAUCCCGCAGAAACAAGAGAAGUAAAUGAAAAUCUCACACCAAAUACCUCAGCUUCAUCCCCACUUUCUCCGGUGAAAAUUCGCAAACUCGGAGAACCAGAGCGUGCAUUGAGAUCUAAAACGUCAUUGACACUUUCACUCCCAGAGGAAGAAACAUUUGGUCAAUUUAGUAUCGACUUACCUGGCUCGAACAUAGCCCGUGAUUUUGGAUUUGGAUCGGGUGCUGGAUCAGGGAUUUCAAGAAUCGAAGAGAGAAGAUCUGUUGUCUUUGUGGAAGAAACCAGAGAGAAUAGCGAGAAAAUCUUUGAGGGUAUGAACCUUGAUGCUCAUAAACGAAAGAUUGGAGACAGAGAACUUGGGCCAGAAUCAAUGAGAGAUGAAGCGGAGGCAACGAAGCAAAGGUGUGUCUCGGAGAUGCUUGACCGGCGGGAAGACGACGAGGAAGACAAAUGCAAUAGAUACUUUGGUCGCUUUGGGAAAGUUUUGGGAUAUCUUACUUCUAAGGAUCUGAAGAUUCUGUUUGAAGUCUAG